GCCGAUACAGAAUGCUAUUUUAUGGCUCAUGAAAAUGGUUGCUACGAUCAAGUCCAUGGUAAAACGAGCUGAUAAUCAUGACACGGGAGUUGCCAACGGCCGAAGGCAAGUCUUUAGAACGACAUAAACCUGUAUACAUUACAGUUGCAGAUAGGCCCCCUACAACAUCUGAAGAAACGGAUGAUCCUCAAAUAGGACCUGAAAGCAUGGAACCUGGACCAUCCAGUUCUGAAGAAAGCAGCUACCCUCAGGAUCUGUUCAUGUCCUGGAAGACAGAUACUGUGGGCACUAUUUGUGAUAAACUCUCUGAACGACAAAGAUCUGCUUUCAUUUAUGAGUUGUUAGGUCGGUUGCCAGCAAAUAAUCGGCUGUUCCUGGUCCGGAACAUUGAGAGGAUAGCCACAGUAGACUACAUCUCAGAGCUCCCUGACGAGCUGUCAUUGGUCGUGUUGCGGUUUCUAGAUCCUACUUCUCUACUGGCUGCUACUCAGGUUUCAAAGUACUGGAACAAGUUGAUAAACUCAGAGUGCAUGUUAUGGAGGGAAUUGUGCUUCUUCCUGAGAAUCUCCCUAAAAUACAGCUUAUCUCUCCCCGCUUCACAUUACAGAGAUAAGAUAUUAUCUUAUCAGAGAAACCUCCACAAACUAAAACAGAAGAACGGCUGUGUAACCAGAUCAGUGUCAGAUGUAUCGAGCACACCAGCCCACACCAGCCGCACGCUGGCCCUCAGUGCUAACACCAACAGAUUCUACAGCGGAGGAGAUGAUAGGUUCAUCCGGUGCUGGGAUAGAACCACAUUCUCUAUGAUAAGUGAACGAGAGGGCAUGGCACCGAGCUGUAUUGACUGUACUGAGACUAUCGUAGCAGCCGGGUCGUAUAACGGCUGUGUGUUGGUGUACGAUACGGAGAUAACCCGUCUUAUCAGCACCUGUUCGCGACACAUGGGACCAGUGUACCAUGUCAAAUGCUCAACAGACAGCAGUGUCAUAGUGUCCGGUUCAUCAGAUUGUACGGUUAGGGUGUGGGUUGUUACAGAUAACUCCAGCAACUGUAAACAUGUGUUCAGAGGUCACGAGACUAUGAUCAAUAAAAUAGUACUGUUAGAUGAGAGGGUAUUCAGUUUGGAUAUAGCUUGUAUCAAGGUUUGGAAUGUAGAUGACAAGAAGAUGCUUUGUGAUCUGAAACCGCUGAGUUAUGGGGGCAAAGAAGGGUAUUUUCAGCCUGGUUUACUGAAGACUGAAGUGUUAGGUAGGACAGGUGAGAAGUGUACUGUAGUAGUGUGUGGAUCUUCUCAUGGGGUGUACAUGUGGGAAGCCACCACGUACAACCUGCUGCGUAUAGUCAAGAGUGGGGGGUAUGUGUGUGCGGAGCAGAUUGUGGGUGUCGGCUCCGCCUUCAUAGCAGCGACAUACGAUGACGGAAUUGCGCUGAUAAACAACCUAACAGGUCACCACGAACUGACAAUACAAGUUCCUCAGUUUAACAAUACCAGUUGUGGGCUUUGGCUCAAUGACAGGUCCUACUGGCUUGAUGGCCGGUUUGAGGAUUUGGACUCCCAGCCGCUCUUCACUGCAACCACUCUGGCUGGGGAUAUUUCCAGCUUUUACAUCAAAAAUUAAAUGAAUUUCUGUAAGUCAGCGUUGAAGUUAUGUGAUUAAGAUUGAAAAUUUAUGCAGAUUUGUAACGUGUCGAUUUUUGUUUCCAAACUUUUAACUGUUUUUAAAUUAUGUGGUCGUUAUUAUAUAUUAUGGAACUGAACUUGUAAAUAUUGUAACUUGUAUACUUGUAAGAUUUUAUUCUGGGAUUAUAAUUUUACUCAUGGUUUAACUUA